AUGGCUGCUGCAACUGAAAAGAGAAAGGCUUCUAGAAAGAAGAAGGAUCCAGAUGCUCCAAAGAGAUCUUUAUCCGCUUACAUGUUCUUUGCUAACGAAAACAGAGAUAUCGUUAGAGCUGAAAACCCAGGUAUUACUUUUGGUCAAGUUGGUAAAGUAUUAGGUGAAAAAUGGAAAGCUUUAACUUCUGAUGAAAAGGUUCCUUAUGAAACCAAAGCUGAAGCUGAUAAGAAGAGAUACGAAAAGGAAAAGGCUGAAUAUGCUAAAAAGAACGGUCAAUAA